AUGGCACUGGUGAAGACAGCCGCCGUAGCCAUCAAUCCGGCCGACGCAAAGAUGAUAGACUACUCUGCUGCCCCGGGGGCCAUUCAUGGCUACGAUUUUGCCGGAACUAUCGUUGCGUUAAGGGAAAACGUCCGGGCUAGACUAGCGGUGGGGGACCGUGUAGCGGCUUCUGCUACUGCUGAUCUGUUGAAAAUUCCUGAUUCUCUGAGCUUCGAGGAAGCGGCGACCUUAGGCGUUGGGAUGGGAACAGUGGCCUUUGGGCUGUUCCAUAAACUGCACAUCCCUGUGUCUCUGGAACAGCUGACUAAAGCCAACGGGGAUGCUUCGAAGGGCGAGUUCGUCUUGGUUGCUGUGGCAGGGCUGCCACAGAAACACGCACGAUCCAUGAAUCAUUUAUGUGGCAUAACGGGGGUGGCUAAAUAUUUGUCCUUUUUCCAAUGCCGGGUUACGACCGAUCGCGGCUUGUACACCCGCCCAUUCGAUCUCGCGCUCAAAUUCGGCGCAGAUAAAGUCUUUGACUAUCAUUCUACUGAUUGCGCCUCGGACAUUCGCGCCUACAUGAAAGGCCAUUUAGCCUACGCACUUGACUGUGUCAGUUUGGCGGACACAACAGAACUAUGCUACAAAGUCAUCGGACGGGCGGGCGGUCGCUAUGUCUCCCUCGAGCCGUUCCGUGCGGCAGUCACCCAGACCCGACCAACAGUGGAACCGUCUUGGCUGAUGGUUUUGUCCCUAUUCGGCCACGAAGUGGCCCUUGAUGGCGAUUAUAGACGCCCGGCCGAGCCCGAAUACCGUCAAUUUGGGGCGGAGGCCUUUGCGGCAGUUCAGGCAUUGCUUGAUCGCGGUUUGAUCGACACGCAUCCAACGAAGAUCAUGGCCGGUGGGUGGGAUGGUGUAAUCGAGGGAGUUGCUCUUAUUCGCAGCCAGGCUCCUUCAGGGCCAAGGCAAGGCGAUAAAUUACUCGCUGCUAGACAGCGUGGACUGCUCUUCUAUUCGUCUCUCCUUGUUGUUCUAUGGUACUACUGA